AACUACGUUGCUUCCUUAAAGGCACAUUUAUCAAUCUAAUUUUGAACCCUGCGACGAAGUCUUGGUAGCUUGAAAAACACUUCCUCUUUCAAAGCACUGCGAAGAACAUGUCGAAAACCACCAUCCUGUUUAUCACCCAGCUACUAUGUGGGAUUGGGCAUGUCCAAACAGAUGUGGAGAUACACAAGACAGAAAUAAAAUCCGACCCCGAGGCAUUAGCACAAGCGGGAAACUCCAUUACUCUGACAUGUUCAGUUACUUCCGUGGCAACGUCUCGUCUCCCAAAUCAAAUUACAUACCGUUUCUAUAAAGGAUCACAAAAGAACGUCCUGCUGAAUACCUCCAUGAUUCCUGAGCCAAAAUACUCUUUUACAAUACAAUCUGCUCGAGCAACACAUACUGGAUACUAUGUCUGUGUCGUGAACGUGGGAGAUCAAACAGCUACGAGCGGAAACAUAUACAUAGAAGUUACAGGACAAAUACAGAGGCCUCGACUUACCAUACAACCGAUGAAGGUGAUAGUGGGAAAUGAAAUUGGGUUGAGCUGCGAUGCUGCUGAAGAAAUUCCUCCUCUUGACUUUACGUUCUACAAAUAUAAAAAUGGAAAACCUUCCCCUGUGGGACAAAAAGGAACCAAUACAAACUUUGUAACACACACGCUUAAAGUUACAGAAACAACAGAUCAAGUCUACAGCUGUAAGUUCAAAGGAAGAAGCUUGGCAACAACCUCAACCUACAGUGAACCCGUCACCAUAACUGUGCAAGAUCCAUUUUCUAGUCACCUCUUUACGAUUGAACCACAAUCUAGAAUAUUUGAAGGCGAUGACUUUACCAUGAGGUGCACAGUUCAGAUGUCAUCAUUAGUUCCAUCCUAUACAAAAGUUGAAUUAACAAUCACGAAAGGUACAACUCCGAUAGCCAAAAGCGUUACUGGCGAAGCUAAGAUUUCUAAAAAAGCAACUGCUGAUGAUACGGGACUAUACACUUGCCACGCAAAGUGGAAGGAGACAUUGAAAAUUCUUGAAAAACAGGUGACUGUGGCAGUACCAGUUUCCAAACCAAGUCUACGUUCAACAGCCUUUAAUAGUAUUGUGGCUCAAGGUGAUUGUUUGCAUCUCACAUGUGCUGUGGUGAGGGGAUCUUGGCCAAUAAUUUACACAUUUUACAAAGGAACACCAGAAAACUCUUUGUAUCGGUCAAUUUUAAAUGCUACUGCCGGAGUCUAUACUAUUCCAUCGGCUGACACUGCAGACAGUGGAGAGUAUUUCUGUCAAGCAGAAAACAAUGCAGGUGUAAAACAUCGAAGUGAAAGAAGUCAAAACAUUAAUAUAAAUGUAAAAGUUCCAGUCUCAGAGCCAAAAGUAAAUCUCCUCACUUCAGGAACCACGUAUGAAAUAGGAAAACGCAUAUCCAUUCGAUGCCACUCAACAAAUGGGAGCUCUCCUGUGACUUACUCGUUAUUCUUAAACCAAAGAUUCAUCCACUCUGUCAAGAACUGUACUACAGAGCCUGCGGUUUUUAAUAUUCUCAUAAAUAAUACCAAAGAUGGCGGCGUGUACAAGUGCAAAGCUGAAAAUGAAAUUCCAAACUCAUUCAAAUUCAGUGAAGGAAUCAACUUUACGAUAUUGGGUACCAAACCCAUGUGGUUGGAAUAUCACAUACCACGUAUACUUGCUUUUUUAUUAUUAUUUAUCAUAUGUUGCUAUGUUCAUGUUAAAUACCGAAAGAUUAAAAGACGCAAAAUAGUGAAACAACAAAAUCAAGGAUCUGUGAAAGAAAAUACUGUGGCCGUUUACAGUAAAGUAAAAGAAAAGGCACAUCCAAAUGAGGAUAAGGACUACGUUAACAUCCCAUCAUCAAAAGGAACUGGAACUGAUUCAGAGUGUGAUUGUGAAAUGAACUAAGUCAAUAUUGUAAGAAAAAAAGCAGCUUUUUCCAAAUAAAGGUCGACGGCCGGUCCGUUUGCAGAAUUUAUCCCAUCGACUCUGAGGAGGAGGAGGAGAAGGAGGUGAGCCAGCACAGCGGCAGAGACUCCACAAAGGAGCUCAUCUGUCCUUGGGAGCAAGUGGUGGAGGAAAGCAAAGCUGUGUGAGGGGCGGUGGGCUUGAGGCCCAUGGAUCCCUGACAUGCCCAAGAUCUCCAGCGGCCUUCACGUUGGUAGAAGCAAGCCGAGUUCUGCAGCUUAAUUGGCGACUAGUUCAAAGGACCAGCCGGGCACGGAGCAUCAUUUAUGUCUCUAAUCCUGCAGUCACCUCUUCGUUUAACAAUUAUAAACCUUCAAGUUUUAUUCCGCUCGAUAGAGCAGCGUCUGCUCCUAAAUUUAGUUCACCUGGGAUGACCAAACUGCAGGUCACACUCUCACUGAAAUAAAACAGUUGUUAAACACUUUAACUCCCGCUCCCAUUCCUACGCAGACCUUUCUGUCCUGGGCCUCCUCCAUUGUCAGGGUGAGGCCCAGCGCAGAUUGGAAGAACAGCACCACAUA